AUGGAGGACGCUCACCCCAAAGUAGUCUACAUGGAGGACAAUCGGACAGGGAAUAAACUAACGGAUAUAAAAAACAUUUACAAUAUGAAAAAGGAGGACGUAAUUGUGCAGGAAUACAUCAACAAGAGUAGCAACUCUACCAUCAACAUGUACCAUAAGGACCAAGUGAAUAUUUACAUUGAGAAUAGUGACUUGAAUAAAAAAAUAUACAACUGUUACACAUGCAAUAUACAGAUAUACAACUACUCGUUCUUUCGGUACCACUUUAAAUCCGAGUGGCAUAAGUACAAUUUGAAGAGGAAGCUUCUAAAUUUGAAUGCCGUCAAUGAAGUGACCUUUAACGAGAAGGUGCACAGCUUGACCAAAGGGGGAGGAAGUCCCGUCAGCGGCAACGACCCUCUUAGUGGAGGAGACCCCGCUAGCAGCAACCACUGCGCACAUAAGAAGCAGAGCAAUGGGAAGAAAAAAAAGGAAAAAAAAGGUAACGCAGAACUGUGUAGCGGCAAAAAGGCGAACAACGGAGGCAGCUAUACGAGCAACAAUUGCGAAGGGCAAAAAGUUAAAUACGCAACGAAGGAAGAUGUUUUAAUGACCAAAAAUGUAAAAUAUGACAAUCCCUUGGUGUGCUUCUUCGAUAACAGAAUUUUUAAUUCAGUAGAAGAAAAUAUAAAACACAUGAAUGAUAAUUAUACUUUUUACAUCCCUGAUUUGAAGUACGUUACCAAUUUGAAGAAGAUUCUUCUGACCAUAGGGAAGAAAAUUUACGAAGAGAACAUCUGCAUCUACUGUUUUCGCCAUUCCAAGUGCGUCAAAUCAUUACAGUCCCAUAUGAUCUGCAAGAGUCACACCAAACUGCAUGCAGACUUUUUUAUUUUCAUUCAAAAAUAUUACGAUUUCUCAAAGUCGUACGUUGAUCUGUUAAAUAGGUACAUUACUAAUAAGGAGGACAAGGAGUUGCUUCUGUGCCUGCUGCACAAGAAGAGGAACAACCAAAUAGAGUCCAAAUGUCACCGCAGCGCGGAGAAAAGCGGGGAAGAGGAUCCCUCAACGGGUUCUGAUCAGACCGCGCGGGAAGCUAAAGCCCAACUCGAUAACGAAUACAAAAGCGAAAGCGACAAUAACAGCGAUGACUACAAAGUGAAGGAGGAAGAACUGAGCAAAAACAUCAACCAUGAAACUAUAUAUGAAGCCCUGGAACAGUUUGGAUACACAAAACCUGAGCUAAAUGAGUACAACAAUUUAGUGCUUCCAGAUGGGUCGGAAGCUAUCAAUAGAAAAAUUGCCUACAUUUUUAAGCAGAAAUUGCCGCUUGAAAAUAGAGCCACGUCUAAAUGUGAGAAGCUUGAUGUUUUGAAAAAAAAAGAGAGCAACCAGGACUACAGCAGAUACAAGUCCUAUAUCGACGUCAUGAAAAAAUACAACUUGGAUUUGAAUGUGAAGACGAACGGCUUGAACAAGUUUUACAAGAGUGACUCCAUCUUCUUUUUAUGA